UACGUCUCACAGUCGAAGUUUGAUCGUCGAGCCGAGCACACCCAAGGAAUCAAAAUGAAAUAUCUCGUUGCCAUCUGCAUGCUCAUUGGCCUGGUCUCAGCCGAGUAUGUGAUCAAGAACAAGGAGGAUAUGCUGAGCUAUCGUGAGGCAUGCGUCAAGGAACUGAAAAUACCCAAUGAGCUUGUGGAGCAAUACCAGAAAUGGGUCUAUCCCAAUGAUGCCCAGACUCAGUGCUAUCUGAAGUGCGUCUUCACCAAGUUCGGGCUGUUCGACAACCAGUCUGGCUACAAUGUGGAGAACAUUCAUACACAGCUGAGCCGUGGCCAUGCCAACCACGACGAUGUGCUGCACGGCCAGAUUGAGGCCUGUUUGGACAAGAACGAGCAGGGCUCGAACGCAUGCGAAUGGGCUUAUCGCGGCGCUGACUGCCUGCUUAAGAAUCACCUGAAGUUGGUGCAGCAGAGCCUGGCACCCAAAUCAUAAAUUAUAGCUUUAACUUCCGAUUUUUGUAAUUCUCACUAAUAAAAGUUUCGAUUGCCAUAUAUAGAGUAA